CGUCCCAUCUACUCGCUUGAUAGACCCUUCAGUGGAGCUGGCCUCCACUCCACGCCUGCUUUCAGGGGACUGGGAAAUUUGCUGUACAAAGGAGGAAACUAGUCUGUGAAGACCUGUAAAGAUAUAUGACAUUUCCACGAACUUGGGGUUAAGUCUAAAUAUUACAGAAGUGACUGCUGGCCCUAAUAAGCCUGCGAGUGGAUUUGCAGAAGACACUGCUGCGCAGAGCAAGGGAGUGUCAGACCUCCAAGAGGUGGUGUCCUUGAAGGAACGGAUGGCGAGGUACCAGGCAGCUGUUUCCAGGGGCGACUGCCGCAGCUUCUCCGCCAAUAUGCUGGAAGAAUCAGAAAUGUGCACAGUGCCUGGUGGUUUGGCCAGAGUGAAGAAACAAUUUGAGAAGGACAAAACUGCUUCUUCCUCGAACACCUUCACUCAGUACCAGUACCAACGCCAGGACAGAUCUGAGCAGGAGGUAAUCCGUAGCAGCCAGGUCGACAUUUCAAGAAGCAGCCAGGAAAUGGAAAGAAAUGAACCAGAAAUUUCCGAAGCACACAAAAUUGAUGUUCUUGGAACAGAAAUGGUCUCUCAUCUUGAAAAGCACACUGAGGAAAUAAACCAAGCUUCUCAGCUCCAUCAGUAUGUUCAAGAAACAGUCAUAGAUACACCUGAAGAUGAAGAGAUUCCAAAGGUUUCAACUAAGUUUUUAAAAGAACAAUUUGAAAAGUCUGUCCAGGAAAAGGUCCUUUAUUCUGACAAAGAAUUGACCCCAGCCAAGCAGACUAAGAUUGAAAGUGAAUCUGAAGAGACUUUAAAGCCAUCAUCAAUUGUGGGUACCUCUUCUACUUCUUACACUUCAACCAGCCAGAGGAAGGAAACAUCAGCCACCAGACACCGUGACCACAGUGCCACUUCCUCAACUCUGGCACAAAUCAAUGCCACUCCUUCGGAAAAGACAGAAGAAUUUCCUCCUCCCCCACCCGACAUGCUUCAACCUCCAGUAGAUGUGACAGCAUUUUCCCAGUCCCCUGAACUCCCCAGCCCUCCUAGAAUACCACCAGUCCCCAAAGAAUUAUACUCCAAACAAAGAAAUUUGUAUGAAUUAAACCGUUUAUAUAAACACAUCCAUCCUGAGUUAAGGAAAAACUUAGAAAAAGAUUAUAUCAGUGAGGUUUCUGAGAUUGUUUCUCGUCAAGUGAAUGCGGGGAACUCAGUUUCAGCAGAUGUGCAACAAGCCCGGUAUGUUUUUGAAAAUACAAAUGACAGUUCUCAAAAAGGUCUGAACGCAGAAAGAGAACACUUGGAGUGGGAUGAAAUUCUGAAGGGGGAGGUGCAGUCCAUGAGAUGGAUCUUCGAGAAUCAGCCAUUAGAUUCCAUCAACAAUGGCUCUCCAGAUGAAGACAACAUCUCCAAGGGCAUUGCUGAUCAAGAAAUCAUCGCUGGUGGUGAUGUGAAAUAUACCACAUGGAUGUUUGAAACUCAACCCAUCGAUACUCUGGGGGAUCAUUCUUCUGGCACCGAGGAACAUGCUGAGAAAAUUCCUGAGCUGGCCAGAGGAGAUGUCCACACAGCCCGGUGGAUGUUUGAAACAAAGCCCUUAGACUCAAUGAAUAAAUUGCAUCAAAGUCAAGAAGAAUCAAUAGCAACUGCCAUAAAGGACAUAACCGGGGGGGAUGUCAAGACUGUGAGAUACAUGUUUGAAACUCAACAUCUGGAUCAACUUGGACAACUUCACUCAGUAGAUGAGAUGCACCUAUUGCAACUCAGAUCUGAGCUCAAAGAAAUUAAGGGGAAUGUUAAGAGAAGUAUAAAAUGUUUUGAAACGCAACCGUUAUAUGUUAUUAGAGAUGGCUCAGGUCAAAUGCUAGAAAUUAAAACUGUUCACAGAGAAGAUGUUGAAAAGGGGGAUGUAAGAACAGCACGUUGGAUGUUUGAAACACAGCCCCUAGACACAAUUAACAAAGAUAUAACAGAAAUUAAAGUUGUCAGAGGAAUAUCCAUGGAAGAAAAUGUCAAAGGUGGGGUGAGUAGGGCCAAGUGGUUGUUUGAAACUCAACCUUUGGAGAAAAUCAAAGAAGAGACAGAAGAGGUCACAGUUGAAAAGGAAACAGUAAUAGGUACAGAUGUCUCUAAAAAGUGUUGGAUGUUUGAAACACAGCCAUUAGAUAUUCUGAAAGAAGUUCCUGAUGCAGACCAUCUAAAGUCUGAAAAGAUAAUAGGGGGUGAUGUACAAACUACUAAGCAACUAUUUGAAACACUUCCAAUAGAGGCUUUAAAAGAUAGCCCUGAUGUAGGAAAACUUCAAAAAAUUACUGCUUCUGAAGAAGAAAAGGGGGAUGUCAGGCACCAAAAAUGGAUUUUCGAAACCCAACCUCUGGAAGAGAUUAGAGAAGAUAAAAAAGAGUACAUACGAACAGUGAAACUUGAAGAAGUUGACAGAGGAGAUGUAAGGAAUUAUACACAUAUCUUUGAAUCAAACAACUUGAUUAAAUUUGAUGCGUCACAUAAAAUAGAGGUGGAAGGAAUCACAAGAGGUGCUGUAGAAUUAAAUAAAUCACUCUUUGAAACAACACCAUUAUAUGCCAUUCAGGAUCACCUUGGAAAAUACCAUCAAGUAAAGACAGUCCAGCAAGAAGAAAUCCUAAGAGGUGAUGUAAGAAGCUGUAGGUGGCUUUUUGAAACAAGGCCCAUUGAUCAGUUUGAUGAAAGUAUUCAUAAAUAUCAGAUAAUUAGAGGAAUAUCUGCUCAAGAAAUACAGACUGGGAAUGUAAAAUCUGCUAAGUGGCUAUUUGAAACCCAACCACUUGAUUCGAUUAAAUAUUUUAGCAAUACGGAAGAAGUAGAAAGUAAAACUGAACAAGUCACUGAUAUUGUUAAAGGGGAUGUCAAAACCUGCAGAUGGCUUUUUGAAACCCAGCCAAUGGAAUCUCUCUAUGAAAAAGUUUCAUUAAUGACUGGCAGUGAAGAAAUUCAUAAGGGAGAUGUCAAAGCCUGUACCUGGCUCUUUGAAACUCAGCCACUAGAUACCAUAAAAGAUGACUCUGAAGCAACAGUCAAAUUGCAAACUGUGAAACAAGAGGAAAUCCAUGGUGGGGAUGUUCGUACAACAUGUUUCCUUUUUGAGACGGAAAAUUUGGACAGCAUACAAGGAGAAGAAGGAAAGGAGAUCAAAGCCAUGGAAAUGGAUAUCCAAGCUGGGGAUGUCUCCAGCAUGCGGCAUAAAUUUGAAAGUCAGUCCUUAGAUUCUAUAAGUUCCGGUUCAGAGGAGGUUUUGAGAAAGAUCAAAACCCUAAAGACUGAAGAUAUUCAGAAAGGCAAUGUUUUAAAUUGUAGGUGGCUCUUUGAAAACCAACCAAUUGAUAUGAUAAAAGAAAGUCAAGAAGGUAAUGAAUUAGUUAAGACAGUGACAGACAUACAAGGUGGAAAUGUAAGAAAGGGGUGCUUUAUUUUUGAGACGUUUUCUUUAGAUGAGAUUAAAGAAGAAUCAGACUAUAUUAGCACCAAGAAAACAAUUACUGAAGAAGUAAUAAAGGGCGAUGUAAAAAGCUAUAGAAUGCUCUUUGAAACCCAGCCACUUUAUGCAAUUCAAGAUCGAGAAGGGUUUUAUCAUGAAGUGACUACAGUUAAAAAGGAAGAGGUAAUUCACGGAGAUGUACGAGGGACAAGGUGGCUUUUUGAAACAAAACCAUUAGACUCAAUUAAUGAAUCUGAUACUGUGUAUGUGAUUAAAUCUGUCACACAAGAAGACAUUCAGAAGGGAGCUGUUAGUUCUGUUAGAUACAGAUUUGAAACCCAGCCACUGGAUCAGAUUGCAAAAGAAUCACGUGAUAUUGUGCCCACUGUGGACUGUAUUCAAGGUGGGGAUGUAAGGACAAGUAAACAAUUCUUUGAGUCUAAAAAUUUGGAUAAGAAUACUUAUGUAAGAACAGUAAGUGUCAAUGAAAUACAGAAGGGCAAUGUUAAAACAUCCACUUGGCUAUUUGAGACCCAUACUCUAGAUGAACUGAGAGGAGAAGGGUCAGAAUAUGAAAAUAUCAGAACAGUCACCCAGGAAGACAUGCAGAAAGGUGAUGUGAAGCAGGCAGUGUGGCUCUUUGAAAAUCAAACUUUGGAUUCUAUUAAGGAAGCAGAUGAAAGCAUCACAAAAAUCACCAAGGAAGAAAUCCCUCCUGCUGAUGUCAAGACAACUACAUGGCUCUUUGAAACCACACCCCUUCACAAAUUUACUGAAAGUAGGGUAGAAAAGGUGGAAAUUAUUGGCAAGAGCAUUAAAGAAACCUUAGGAGAGCUGUACUCUCAAAAAGUUAUCGAGGCUCCUGGAAUCAUCAUUGAAGCUGAUGAGGUUGGGGAUGUUCGAAUGGCAAAAUACAAGCUAAUGAAUCAAGCAUCACCUGAGAUACAGAAAGAAGAAAUUGUCAAGGUUGACCUCAGAAAUAUAAUGGUGAACCUUCUUUCCAAAAGAGACUGUAAGAAAAGAGAGAUUUUGGUCAGUGAAGAAGAGAAGGGAAAUGUUAAUCUGACCAAAACUCAGUUAUUAAACAGAUCAACAGAAUUUCAUGCUGAAAAAGAAGAGAUAGUGAGUGGUGAUGUCCAACAAGCAAUAAAAAACCUGUUCUCUGAGGAAAGAUCUGUAAAGAAAGGGAUUUUGAUUCAGGAAGAUGAAAGAGGUGAUAUUAACAUGACUAUCUAUUGUCUUCUUCAUGAAAACGCUGGUGACACAAUUAAGCGUGAAGAAGUAGUAGGGGGUGAUGUAAAACGUACAAUUCAUAAUUUGCUAUCUUCCAUAUCAAACAAUAAAAUAUCUGAAAGGGCUAAAAUUGAUGCCUCUGAGAGAGGAAACGUUCAGUUUUUUACAACAUGCAUAGAAACUGGAGCUUUGGAUUAUCUCAGACAACUUCAGACAGGCUCAAAUGAAAUACUAACAGGUAGGAAACAAGAAAAAGAGGAAGAAAUAAUUGGUGGUGAUGUAGAAGGCACAAAACUGUUAUUAAAGAAAAGGCGAUCUCAGGUUGAACGUACUGUUAAUGAAACUGACAUCAUCCCAGGAGAUGUGCAUAAUACAGUUAAGGUUUUUCUGACAGAGCCUCAGAAUACAUCUUGUAAGUUACCCAAAGAAGAAAUUAUUAAAGGUGAUGUGAAGUCAACCCUAAACUCCCUCAGCCAGGCCGUAAGUCAGAAAACAGUGGCUAAAACAGAAGAAGUUAUAAAAGGUGACAUGCUGACCACCCUCAAGUCACUUAAGGAAUCAAGUCAAAAAUGGAAGAACUCUAAACAGCCUGAUGUCAUCCCUGGGGAUAUUGAGAAAGCUAUUGAAUGCCUUGAAAAGACUGCACAGACGAGGACGGAAAUACUGAAAAAGGAGCUUAUCCUAGAUGACCUUGAGGCAUCAUUAAAGAAUCUAAAAGAAACACAAAGAGCUUUCAAAGAGGUAAAUAAAAGUUCAGUCAAAGAUGAUGUGCAGACUGAGAUGGCAGGAUCCAAAGAAGAGCAGGCAGCAGGGGUUCAUCAGGUGACUGACCAGAGGGACAAAAAAAGCAUUCUUCAGCCAAGACCAGGACCCUUUGAGCCAGCAGCCAGGUGGCAGGAGGGAACAGACGUUCUCAAUCAAGCUAUAGACAAAUCUUGUCAUAGACAUUUAAUGGAAGAAAGAACUGAGGUUAAUCUUCCAAAAGCCCCCAAAGGCACCGUAAAGAUUGUCGUAGAUCGCGAACAAAACAAUGAUGCUCUUGAGAAAAACCUUAGAAAACUAUCUAAUUCACACCAAGCGGGUAUCUGGACUGAUAACACAACAGAGCAACAUCUUAGGGAUGAACACGCAAGCGGACAGUUGACUUCAACCCUGUCAGUUAGGGAACAUCGAAAAACCAAGGGAUCAGAGAUGGCGAGAGAACAGAAGGAGGCUGUCUUUUGGCAAUCUACUGAUAAAACAUUUGGAAAGCAACAGACUGACACUUGCGAACUGAGGAAUGACUGCCAGAAGAUUGAGGUUUUCCCUGUCAAGAGUCCUAAAAAUACCAAAAACACUAAAACAUCAACAGAUACACAAAGCUCUAGGCCUGGUUUAACCCAGGGUCCAGUCUACAAGAUGGUUGGAGAAACACGUGAGGUUUCAGAGGACUUUCAAAAGCAGACUCUGUUAAAGCAAGAAAAGCAAUAUUCUAAUAAAGAUAUAAUGAGAAAGAAUGUGACCCCUCAACCAGGGUGGCAGACUUUGCCUGUGAAUCAAGACAUGUCAAAUGUAACAGAAAUGAAAGUCUCCCAAAAAAGCCACAAUCAACUUAAGGCAACUGACAAAAAGCAGACUGAUAGUCAUCUGAAGAACCAGGACUUUCUAAUGAAGACAAAUACCUCCAAAGACUUAAAAAUGGCAAUGGAAAUGUCCUUUAAUCCAGUCAAAUUUAACCCUGAAAAUAAUGCAAAGGAAAAUGAGUUCCCUCUUCCACCUCCAUCUCCACCUCCUCCUCUACCUUCCAAUGCAUCAUCUGAAAUUGAAUUUCCUCUUCCUCCUCCACCUCCUUUAACAAUGUUGCCUGAAAAAAAUGUGUUUCCUCCUUCACUGUCCACUGAGAAGAUACAGGCUGAAUUUGAAAAUUUUCCAGGCCUCCCUCUUCCUCCACCACCAGAAGAUGAGAAAUUUGAAAGAGAAUAUCUAUCCAUGUUUCCACCACCACCCCCUCCUCCUCCAGCUCCAGCUCUAAAACCAGCACAUCUCCUUUCUUCUUCUGUUCAAGAAAAGCAUAAUGGAACAUUUAUACAACACUCCCAAGAGGAAGCCGCAAGCUCUCAGGCUAAAGUCGUAACAGGAAAAUCUGGAGGACGUUUGCCACCUCCCACACUCCCCAAACCCAAGUUUCCCAAGAAGGUAGAAGAUAUAAAGAAUCAUAGUUCCCCAGAAGUUGAUUUGGAAAAUUCUCUGCCAGAUACAGAAUGUAAAAUGACUCCCUCAAAGGAUCAGAAAAGAGUAAUAAUGGCAACUAGCAGUGAACACAUGGAGACAAAGCAGAACGUAUCUAGCAAAAGUCUUGAUAAAAGAAAACAACUAUCUAUGGACUCUACAAGGUCUUUCUCACAGGCAGUUCCAGAAAGUUCACCACCCAAGAAAAAACCUAUAGCACCUCUCAUAAAAUCUCAUUCAUUUCCAGCAGGUUCAGGACAGCAAAGUCCAAAACCUUAUAUGAGAAAAUUUAAAACACCUUUAAUGAUUGCUGAAGAAAAAUAUAGACAACAAAGAGAAGAGCUUGAAAAACAGAGACAGGGGAGUUCAGGCUACAACAUAGUUAGAACAGAAAGCCAAAAUCAAAACAUAUCAGAGUUGAAAAAGGAAAUGCUGUUACAAAAAACAAAGGAGGAGGUUCCCCUAACUGGAAUGGAUUCAGAGGUCAUUGUGGCCCAAACCAACACAGUCUCUCAAAGUCUUUCUCAAGAACUAGGGGUCUAUACUGAUAACCAGCUUUCCACAACACCAGCAGUGACAUUGUCUGUCAAGGGGUUCCAACAUGUUCCAGCAACCUUGGAAGGCAAAGAUACCAUGAAAAAGGAAGUUUUGCAGAGCUCAAAGGAUAUGAUCCAAUCUAAAUCAGCUUGUGAAAUUAAACAGAGUAAGCAAGAAUGUAGGACACGGCAAACACAACAGAAGCAUCUGGAGCAGUUGCACUUGCCCGAAAGCAAACCAGUUUCCCCCAGUUUCAAAGUUAAAACCAUCAAGGUUCCAAUUCUAGGUCAUAAGUUAAAUGAAACAAACCACAGCUAUGAAAGUCAUAAAAAGCAAUCUGAAGUUGAUAUUCAAACCAUUACCAAACAACAGUACCAGGAAACUGAGAGAACAGAAGCAAGGAUUGAAGGCAGUAGCAAUAAGCAAUCAGUGACUGAAAAAUAUUAUCAAUUACCUGCAAAGGAGAAGAGAGUAACAAUACAAUUGCCUACAGAAACCACAGGGAAAAGCCACGAAAGCAAGCUCAAUAUAGCUCAUGAGAAGCAAAGAGAAUUUAGAGACUCUGAGAGUGGGAAGCUUUUAAGAAGUGAAGAAACAAUUCAGGGACCACCAAUGAUUGGUCCAAAGAAAGAAAGUCUAACAGUUGAAACAAAACAAGAACAUUUGAAUAAAUCAGCUCAGAAGGUAGUCGAACAAAAGAUUGCUGAGGCACAUCUUGAUUCUCAGACUCAGAAUUUUCAGCAAACACAUACACAGUCUUUUGAAAGUCAAGUUGAACAUAAAAAAUUGCCCCAGCCAAACAAUAAUCUGCAGGAAGAAAAAUAUCUUGGCGUCAAGGGCAUACAACAGAAACAAGUCUUUUCUAAUACUAAAGAGUCAAAGCAAGAGAUUACACAGAACAAAUCUUUAUUUUCCUCUGUGAAAGAAUCCCAGCAGGAUGAUGGAAAACGUGCUGUAAAUGUAUUGGAAUUCUUGAGAAAACGUGAAGAACUACAACAGAUUCUGUCUAGGGUAAGAGAGUUUGAAGCAGAGCCAGAUAAAAAUGGCCUUAAGACAUUUCAGAUGCUGUUAAAUAUUAUUCCAGUAUGGCUAUUAAGUGAAGAAAAAAGAGAAUAUGGAGUUCGCAUUGCUAUGGAGAAUAACAUAGAAAAAAUCAAAGAAGAAAUAACACUCAUUAAGACUCAGGCAGAGGAUAUGCUUGUGUCCUGUGAAAAUACAAUUCAAACAGCCAUGAUAUCGUCUAAAGCGGGAAAGCAGAGAAAUAAAGCUACCAGUCUUAAUGAAACAUUACCUAAAGUGUCCAAUGCUAAUGUCAGUUACAAUAAAAAUACCCAGCAGAAAGAAAAUACAAUUGUGGAAAAAGCCGAGCACCACCAAGUAGCAACGCAUCAAGAAACUACUGCUCAUCAAGUGAAAACCCAUCAGGAAAUUAAACUGGAUGAUGCCAAGGUUCCUCCUCCGUCUUUAAAAACACGCCCACCGUCACCAACUUUCAUAACAAUCGAGUCUACCGCCCGGCGAACAGAAACCUCUCCUAAGGAUGAGCUUUCCCAGUCCCCUAAAAAGGACAGUUCUGCUGAACCAUCACCAAGACCAUCACAACCAGCUAGAAUCCUCAGAGCAAAUACCUCCCCUUCGCCACCCAAGAGUCGCUCUGAACAACUUGUGAAGCUCAAAGACACCACUGCGAAGUUAUCCAGAGGGAUCAUCCCAUGUUCGUCGAUAACCCCGGUUCCCAUCGUGGAGAAGAGGUCUGAGAUCGUCAAGUCUCCUGCAACACUUCGCCGUCAAAUUAAGAUAGAGGCUCGUGGUAGGGACUCUCCACCUACAAUCACAAUACCUAUAACUGUAAAUCAUGCUGAUAGUGGUUCUUUCAAAGAAUCCAUGGAAGCUCAAGAGGAAGUAAGGAUAGAGGCUCGUGGUAGGGACUCUCCACCUACAAUCACAAUACCUAUAACUGUAAAUCAUGCUGAUAGUGGUUCUUUCAAAGAAUCCAUGGAAGCUCAAGAGGAAGUAAGGAAAGUAGAGAAAAGGUCGACUUACGUUCACAAAGAUGGAGUAAAUUCCGCUAAAGACGUAGUGCCAGAUACUGAGAGUUUCGACGCAGUGGAAAUCAUCCGCAAAGUCGAAGGACCUUGCCUGUCAGAGCACACGCAGAGAUACGAAGCCGCGAACAGGACUGUUGAAACGGCGGAAAAUUUCAUGAGUGACCAUGAAAAUGAAAUAAACAGGUGGUUCAGGGGAUUUGAGGAUGGCCUAAGUUUUGACACACAGUCAAAUAGAAGAGUUUAUGUAAAUGGAGAAGCAAAUCGUAAUAUAAAACAAGAAAGCCGUUCAUUUUGUAAGGAGGAAUUUGGAAUAACAUCUAAAGAAAGUACUAGCUUCACGGGUUUUUCUCACAGUCGUCCUGGAGAGCUGCGGGAAAUGAUGCCCGUUCAGCUGCCCAGCAUUCGCUCCGAAACAAGGUCUCGCAGUGAACAUUUCUCAGGGGUGGAUGCGUUUGAGAGUCAGGUUGUUGGGUCGAGGACGACAGUCUCUUCGUCACAUGGCUCGGAAGCUGGCAGAUCUCGCUUUGACUUCAAGCACGCCCCACCCACCUACGAGGAUGUCAUCGCCGGCCACAUUUUAGAUGUUUCUGAUUCACCUAAAGAACUCAGGAGGAAUUUUCAACAGACGUGGCAGGAGAGUGAAAGAGUUUUUGAAAACCUGGGAUAUGCAACCUCAGAUGCUUCUGCAACUGAAAUGGAAACCACCUUCCAAGAGGAAUCUGCAUUUAUACGUGAAACUGCAACUCCAAGACCAGGAAGUAUGUGUACUUUGCCAAAAGAGGGUGUAUCCAAUGGAGCGCCUAGUAGCAGACAGGCAGAGUUUUCAUAAAUCCUGUUUCCGCUGCCACCACUGCAACAGUAAACUGAGUUUGGGAAAUUAUGCCUCACUUCAUGGACAAAUAUAUUGUAAACCUCACUUUAAACAACUUUUCAAAUCAAAAGGAAAUUAUGAUGAAGGUUUUGGACACAAACAACAUAAAGAUCGAUGGAACUGCAAAAAUCAAAGCAGCUCAGUUGACUUUACUCCUAAUGAAGAACCAAAUAUGUAU